AGCAUUUUGGUUUAUGGAUCAGUAUAUGUGUUUAUUGUUACAUCCAGAUUCAGCAAGGGAUUUUUUGGUAAAGAAUGGUGAUAAUUUUUUAAAUAGACCAAUCAUUUAUACCAAUCAGGUUUUAUCUCACAAUUUUUCAGGUUUAUCACAGGCAAGAGAUAAAAGGUGGGAGGCAACUAGAAACACAUUUUCUUCAUUAUCUACAAAUGUUUUAUUGCGUAAAAAAACAUAUUAUGUUGAAGAAAAAAUAAAAGAAACAAUUAAUCAUUUUGCAAAUCAUCAAAUAGGAAAUAAAAUAAAAUCAUGGAAAUUUACCAAACCUUUAAUCAUGAAUAUCUUUUAUGAAUAUUUUCAAAUAUCAGAACCAUUUGAACAAACAAUGGUCGAUCCAGAAUGUUGGGAGUUAAUAGAAGGGCUCUUUGAUUUUGUUUCAAAAGCUCAAGGAAAACCUUUGCUCAAUAGUAAUGUUUUUGGUUUGUUUAUUGGUUUAUAUCACAAGCUCUCAGAUUUAAAGAUAUUAAAAAAAUCAUACAGUGUUAUAAAAAAGAAACUUGUAGAUCCCCAUAUGGACUCCAUUGACAGAAAUGCACCAAGAGAUACCAUUGACGAACUUAUUCUAUUAAAUGAAAGUUACCCUAAGGAACAACAAUUUGAACAUAAUGUAAUAGCACCAAUUUUCGAUUUCUUAAAUGCAGGUCUAAAUUCAACAAGUAUUUUAAUGGAGUGGUUCUUAUUAAUUAUGGCAAAUCAUCCCGAGGUUCAAGAAAAAAUAUAUGAAGAACUUUCAACAAUUAAUAAAAGUUUUAUUUCAACAAAGAAUCGUUAUAAAGAUACACCUUACUUGAACUCUGUCAUUAACGAAGUUAUAAGAUAUAGACUCGGAACAUCUACAGCACCAAGAGAAACAAAAGAAGAUAUCGAAAUCGGUGGUAUUUUUAUUCCAAAGGGUUCAAGAGUUGCAAUUUUAACCUCAUCCAUUUUUAUGGAUGAGGAUUAUUGGGAGAAUCCACAACAAUUUAUAGCAGACCGUUUUAUCGGCGAACCAAAGGGCCACAUGGAAAGAUUGCUUUUAUAUAGUGUUGGGAAAAGACAGUGUGUUGGAAAAAAUUUAGCAAAUGAUAUCAAUUAUCUAUUUUGUUCAAAUAUGAUAUUAAAUUUCAAGAUAAAGUCAUCAACAAAUACAAUCAUUGAUGAUACACCAAUUUUUAAAUUAAAUUCCUUACCUAUAUCUCAUAAAAUUAUUUUAGAAAAGAGAUAGAGUUUUAAUAAAAAAAUUUAU